AUGCUCUUUGAACCUGUCACAAAUGUGUACGCCUCAAUGGGAAGCAACUUUCUUGGGAAGGCAACGACAUACAAGAAACAGCAAGCGGUUGAUGUCGCUCAACUUCUCGUUGAAUCGCCUGGAUACCUACCUUAUGCCAACCUUGUGGAGACGUUUGGCGACACAGUGGUCGAAGAAAUGAUCGAACGAAACUUCCUGCAUUAUCGACCAAGUGCCACGUUCUCCAGGGAUUUGCUGCCUUCUCCUUCCGAGCCAGUUUUGACUGCUCAAAGUGCACCUGCCUUAUGUGCCAUGGAAGAGCUGUUAGAGAAGUUUGGAAAGUAG